AUGCACGAGCUGUAUCACAUUCAGUCAUUUGACAGGACGGGAUCCAGAACAUUUUGCUCUCCUCAAAAUAAGAGGAGGCAGAAAACGGGUAAGUUACACCAAGCACUGGACUUCUGCAUCUGCCACCAGACUGUUCUGGGUUACAGCAUUGUGUCCCUGCUGAGGGCUGCCAGUGAGCACAUCUUCUCCUACGUGGUGUUCAAGUGUCCCUGCAAUUCUGGCAACAUGCUGUAUGGCUCCGUCUUCCUCAUAGUGCCUGCCUUCAUCCUAUUUCUGCUUGGCUACAUGGUGAAUGCCAGGACAGGGCGCCUGCUGACAGGCAGCUGCCCUCCAGAGGAGCGCUGCAGCUGCAGCCCCUGGGAAACCUGCGCUGCUUCCACCUUGGUGGGCCCCCUCACCUGGAUCCGGGUGGCCCUGCUCAGAGCCAGCUUCUACAAGUGCACGGCCAGUGGGAACAGCCUGAUAGAGAAAUUUGUGUGUGAAGAUAAAGGACAAGAGUGCCACAAGCUGCUGGUCAAAGUACCCUGCGAAAAGAAGUUAUUGGAGAAGAUACCGGGUGAAUUCCUCAGCCUUCAGACACAGUCCCAGCUGAUAGGAUGGGUACUGAGAGCCAGCAUCAUGACUGUGGCACAGAUUUCAACAUGUGUCAGCCUCCGUUACUCCCCAGUUAGCUACAUUCGGCUCAAGUUCUGGAAAACGUACUUGAAAAAGGAACGGAAGCUCUUUGAGAUCAAGGCUAAAGAGCAUGAAACCAGGCUGGCAGAAAUAAAUAUGAAUUGCUUCUUUGAAGCCACUGACCCAGCACUGUUUCAGACUCUCAGCAAUGAAGACUGGCGGAAGAUUUCACUCUUGUAUACCUUCAGUUCGCAAGAGCAGUAUUACAGCAUGAUACACAAGUAUGUUAACACAGAGGCAACAGCAUCUGGUUUGGGGCAGGAGAUCAGAAUCCCUCUGUUUUAGGAUCUGUGGAUGAAACAAGCACAAGCAAAUCAGGGUUUUAAUGAAACAAAUCCUUUCGAUGCUGACAGUCGUUUAACCCUACAGAUAUAAGAAGUGUCUUAUCCUGUGCUCAUAUUGAUAUCUAUGGGAAUUGUAUGUAAAAGCUGAUAGCCGUAACCCUCAGCAGGUUUUUUUUUAAAUACACUUUGUUGUUUUUGCUUA